CUGCGCAUCGGAGCAUUCGGAGCAGACUUCGCUCGGCCGUGCAGCGCGACGGAUGUGCGUGUACCGAGCGCUGCUACGUCGUAACUCGAAUACGCAAUAUUCCCGCGUCUCGCAAACCGUGCGUGCGUGUGUACGCGUGUGUACGUGUCAUCUUUCACUCUCUCUUUCUGUUUCUGUUGCCCCGCGCAAAUCGGUAAAACACGGAAGCGCCUCCGGUUCCCAGGACGACGACGCCGAAACCCGACGUCAGCGUGCGCGGCGGCUCGCGCCCGUGGAGAAAUUUCAUCCAGCUCGCAGGUCGGGUCGCGCUUCCGCGGCCCACAACAACAGCAGAGGUGGCGUGGGGCACAGCCGUGAUGGAAUUGCAGAGCUGGCUGCUCUAUCACUUGGUCGCCGUCACCGACUGCAAUCAAGUGAUGCAGUCGGCGAACACAAUUGGAAGCGGCGGCGGCGGCGGGGGUGGAGGUGGCGGAUCGUAUCCCAGCGGUGGCGGGACCGGAAGUCGCACCCGCGAUUUAGGGCUUCGCGCCCAGAAGAAGCUUCUCGGUCGCAUAGUGUCCACCAACGCGGGCCGGUCGCUCUUCAUCGACGACGCCACGACAUCGUUGCUCGAUAAUCUGUACAAACUGAUGGAAAGCGUCGUCAAGAGCAACCCACACUUGGACAAGAAGGAACCCGAAAAGGUCCUCAAGAACAUCAUCAAAUUGUCUAUCAAGAUCGGGCUCGUGCAGCGCAGUCAUCAAUUCCGUUCGAGCGACGCGGAGAAGCUGGAGGAGAUCCGGGAGGCUCUGGGGACAGUGGCGAUGACCGUCGUGUCGUUCUACGAGGUGGAUUACAGUUACGACCAGGAGUACCUGACGGGUUCGAUGGAACGUUGUCGAUCGUUGGUGCAGCAGCUGAUAAAGCCGCACCUCACGGAUAAGUCGUCGCAACGAUGCGACCAGGUGUUCGACUUCCUGGCGUAUCCCAAAUUCUUGGACUCGGUGUUCCGAUACGACUCCGAACACAGACCGAUCCUCGGCAUGCUAGUCAGUGACCUCAACAAGGCGUUGGAUGCCAGGCGGCUUUGAUUAUUCUAUACGAAUGAUAAUCACGUAAAGUUAAUGAGAACGAGUCGACGGCCAACAAUGCGGUCCGGUCGCCGGGUGGACGACCAUCCCCUUCGCCAACGGCGGUCUCGCGAUCGGGAUCGAUGAUGACGCGGUCGAUCGACGAACGCAGCGUUGGACGACCCGUUGGGCACGCGCGCUUCGUUGCACUUUAUUUCACGGCAAAUAGGCAAUGUACGCGUGCUGCAUACUUUCAGUGUGACGACAGUAUAGUUUCUCGUAGCGGUAGAAUAAAAUAAAAAAAAAAAACGUGUCUCUUGCUCGCGAUCACUCUCACCCAGUAGCCGGGUCGGGACACCCAGUGCGGACCACUCGCUCACUCGAUUUAUGCAAUAAUUGUCUACUCUAAUACUCCGCUUAUUUUAAGGACAUAGCAUCAUCUCACCUGCAUUGCGCAAUUGGUGUAUUAUAUACGUAUAUUUACGUGCAGAUUUACGAUUGUCGAUCCAUACCAAAAAGGAAUAUGUAUUUACGUAUAUUUACAUGCAGGAUUACGAGAUUAUCGAUUCAUACCAAAAAGGAGUAUGUAUGGGGAAUGAAGAUGAAACGUUAUUCCUGAAACCAGUUUUUUUGUAAACAUAUUUGAGUUUAACUCGACUUAAGACAUUUGUUCUUAUUAAUUUAAGGAAAAUGUUUUUCCAUUUCUUUUGUCCGGAUUUAUAAAAGUUUAUUUUUAAUUUAUAUAGGAAGUUAUUUCUGUUUUCAGAUUUAAUUUUGUAUCUUUAUCGUAAUUUUAGCGAAUUACAAUCGCGUAAUGAAACUGCGCAAUCACAAACGAGAAUUAAUACAAUUAAAGUUAGUGACAUUUUUUAAAUAUUUUAAGAUCAAUUUCGAAAUUAAAUCUAAAAUUUGUGGUUAAAAAACAUUCUUGCGUUUAUCGCGAUGCAUAAAAAAAAUAGCGGAAAAACGUUUUCGAAAAUUGCAAAGAUCUAUUCGUGAACGAGUCCGAAAUAUUUAGUGUGAGUGUGGCAGGUGUCUUUCCCAUUUUAAACUGUGUGAUGUACUAGUACUGUCGCGUGCAAUAAUAAUGAAUUGCCCAAGCGAGGAAUUUCCUUCUCUCGUGUCGACUGGAAGUCGAUGGUCACGCGACACAUUUGUGGUCUAUGUAAUCUCCUUUCGCGAUUCCUUUUUAGAGAGCAUUGCCGCUGAGAUAAAACUAGGUUUUCACCUUAAGAGCAUAUUUAAUUAUUUAUUAUAUGUUUUCAAAGAGCUAUAAUUUUAUAACGUUUAAGAAAAAUGUGCUACACCAUUCUUUUGGAUAUUUUACGGAUUUAAGUUAAAUUUUAUUGCGCCAUGUUUCAAUUUUUUCUCGAUUUAAAAAAAUGCGAACUUCCUAAAAAAAAAAGAAAAAAAUAAAUAAAAUUAAAUUUAUUGAUCAUCUUUGUGCACGUACAAACAGGACGCACACGUUGCAAGUCUUGGAAUGUGCGUUGCGAGGGACACAUAAUCAAUUAUUAGCGCUGUUGCUUGUACGUGCACAUUUUUUUUAUAACAUACGAGUAAAGAAACAAUUUCUACAUAUCUGAUUUCAUCGUGAUUUGACGAUCUCGAUGAUUAUUAGCAUAGGACAUUGUAGAAGAGAAAGAAAAUUUUAGUGACAUUUUGCGCCUUUUGUACGCGGUGUACAACCCACUUUACACGUUAUUUGUGAUGAUUGUCAAUAUUAAAAGAUGUACGAGUACCAUGCCGUUAAUAAAUUAUUAACAAAUC